GGCGACGAUACGAUAACAACCAACUCGACCUCAAAACUCGACCGAAGCACACUCCUCAACAUGGGCAACGGAGCCAAGGCACAGCAGAAGCGCGAGCGGGCCGGCGAAAAGGGCAAGAAGGAACCUUCUUCGCAGCUGAAAUCGAAUGCCGCCGCGAAGACCGUCAAGUGUAAGAUCUGCUUCCAGGACUUCCAAAGCACUGUCAACCGCACGGCACUGGAGCAGCACGCCGACUCGCGCCAUACGAAGAAGUACGAGGACUGUUUCGCCGCUUAGAUGUGUGUAUCGAGUGGGAUGAGCAGAUGCGAUCAGUCAUGAAGUUGCUGAGAUCGAUGGAGUUCCGGGGGUUUGCUAUCUUCGAUACCACGGGAAAUAGAACGCAGCCAUGAGCUAGGCUCUUUCUUGUC